AGGCCUGGCAGGAAGCGGAGCCGCGGAGAGAGGGGAGGAGACUUGCUGCUUCGGUAGCGGCCGGUGGGAUCCCCAAGUGGCAGUGGGGCUGCCUGCGAGUCAGGGGUCCGCUGGAGACACAGCCUCCAUCCUCUUCGCCCAGCCCGCCGCCCGCUUAGACGCGCUCCUCCACCCCGGAUCCUCCCCAACCAGCUCUUGCUAAAGCUCGGCGCCUGCAGAUCCACUUUGCUCACAGGUUCACAGCCAGGUGUUCCCUAUUUGGGCACGUGAAGCCCGCGAUCCCCAGACGCGGGGAGCCUCCUCCCCGCCCCCCCACCUCCUUUGCAGAUAUGAAGACCUCUCACAAAAAGGCACCUGCAGAGCAGGAAACCAGAGACAAAGUAAAUCACCACACCGGAUCCGCACAUGUGAAGAAGAAAAAAAUGUCUCAUAAGAAACAGAGGGGCAGACCUUCAUACCAGCCCCGCAGGAGCCUCGUAGGCUGCAGGAUCUCCCACGGGUGGAAGGAAGGCGACGAGCCCAUCACCCAGUGGAAAGGGACCGUCCUGGACCAGGUGCCCAUCAACCCCGCUCUGUACCUGGUCAAAUAUGAUGGCAUUGACUGUGUCUAUGGACUGGAACUGCACAGGGAUAAAAGAAUUUUAAAACUUAAAAUACUUCCUGAUAAGGUGCCACUGUCUCAAGUCAGAGAUGUGCACCUCGCCAGCACCAUCAUUGGCAAAGCGGUGGAGCAUCUGUUUGAGGGCGAGCACGGGGCCAAGGAUGAGUGGAGAGGGAUGGUGUUGGCCCAAGCGCCCAUCAUGAAAGCGUGGUUCUACAUCACCUAUGAGAAAGAUCCCGUCCUGUACAUGUACCAGCUUCUGGAUGACUACAAGGAAGGAGACCUCCGCAUCAUGCCAGAUCCUAGCGAGUCUCCAGCAGAGAGAGAGCCAGAAGGAGUUAUAGAUGGCCUGAUAGGCAAACACGUGGAAUAUACCAAAGAAGAUGGCUCCAAACGGAUAGGCAAGGUUAUUCACCAAGUGGAGGCCAAACCCUCUGUGUACUUCAUCAAGUUUGAGGAUGAUUUCCAUAUCUAUGUCUACGAUUUGGUGAAAAGGUCCUGUUAGGGUACAAUUUGUCACAUUUGUGGAGGCAAAUGUUUGGAGGCACAAAAAAAUGUAGCUUUUUGAUGUAUAGAAAGCUUUAGACUCCCUACCAAUGAACAUCGUUGCCAGCAUAACUAUUGUUUGUUCUGAAAAAUACAAAUGUGUGUGGACAUG